AUGGCUGUAGCUGGAUCGUGGACACAGCGAGCUGCAUCUCUCGGCCAUCGACGGCAACUGGCACCUUCCUUUCUGGAAUGCUCGCGGUUAUUGGAGGCAAGAGAUGCGGAGCUUCGACGCUUGAGGUGUCGGCUGGAGGAGUUACACCAAGAACACCUCAGCGGCAGAGGAGAGCAUCUGGCGGAGGUGUUCCGAUCUCAGUGUAGGUCACGGUCUCGACUGGAAGAUCUUGCCACCAAGCAGUCGCAGCAAUUGCAGGCAGUAGAGGAGGCAGCCAACGCAGCAGAGCAGCGCAGAGUGACAGCAUCGGCAACCCUGGAUCAGGCAAAGAGCCAUCUUGGCCUGCUGACCACUCGACUGCGAGGAGUGGGUCAACAGUCGAAGGAGCUGCAUGGGCUAAUUCAACUCGAGUGUGAGCGAGAGGCUGCAGCGAUGGAUGCUUUGGAAGCGUCGGAGAAGCAGGAAAUGGAGGCGCUCGGCGAGAUUGCGGUUCUGGAGAGCCAAGUGGAGGAGGCUCAGACAGAGGAGGAGCUGCUGGAAAAGUUGGUUUACCGACAGGACCAUCGCGGAAUGGCGGGUCAUUCUCCUACGAGAUGCCAGAAGCUUGCAGCCGAGCAGGAGGCACUGGAGCAAAAGCUUCAACGGAGGAACUGGGAGUUCCAGCAGGUGCGCGAAGAACAGGAAGCUGCGAUCCCCAAUCUGGAGCACGAGCUGCAGACUCUGGAAGCGGCCAUCCAGCGACAGCCUGAAGAGACGCAUGCGGCCUUGGACGCGUGCGGACUCCGCAAGCUUUGGAUAAAAACCGCCGACGUCGGAGCCAAGAAGCCAGGAAGCUAA